ACAUCCUUAUCUUUUGUCUUUCUUCUACGCUUGUGUUCCCAAUGGUAACCCCUUCGCUUCUGCAUAAUCUAAACCUCCCUCUUCUCUUCAACCCUUCCACACCCCAAAACCCUAUCUCUUCAAUCUCUCUCAAACCUUCACAACCCCGCUGUUCAAAUUCCGCCAUUGUUCGCGCUCCUUCUUCGCCACCUCCAAUUCGCAUCAAACCCUACACAAAAAUCGAAGCACAGCAUGCCCUACAAGAAUACCUUUACAACACUCAAUGUUACACUUUCAUAGACGCUGAAUUUAUCGCCAAAAAUUCUCCGCAUUUCAUUCAUCAACUCAUCUCCAGAGUCAGAGUAUACAACAGACACUAUGCUUUUGAUUUUCCUCGGGCUCUCAGAAGGUAUCUUAUGUAUCACCCUAUUAAUGAAUUUGAACCCUUUUUAGAGAGUAUAGGGAUUCAUCCCAGGGAAUUGAACUUACUUUUGCCUAAAGAUUUGUUUUUUCUUCGUGAUGAUAGUCUUUUGGUUGAUAAUUUUCAUGUUUUGUUUAUUCACGGGGUUCCGAGGAAUAGGAUGUGGAAGAUUUAUAGAGAAGCAAGAGAGGUUUUUGGGUAUGGGAGUGGCGUUUUGUCGAAGAAAUUUGAGAGUUAUGAGAAUUUGGGGUUGAGUAAAUCUUCUGUUGCGAAGCUGUUUGUUUGUUGUCCAUUGCUUUUAGUUGGCGACGAGGUUGAUCCUCAAUUUGUUGUUGUUCUUGAUUGGUUGAAGAGAAUUGGGAUUGAUAUCGGAUGGUUUGUGAAUUGUAUGUGGCCCUCGAGAACAUAUAGAUGGAAAGCGAUUAUUGAUAGUAUAGAGUUUUUUCGUCAAGGGGGAUGUUCGGAGAAGCCAAUGUAUGAUUUGUUUAAGGCGGAUCCGAAAUUGUUAUUGGAGGGUUUAGGAAAGAGGAUGUAUUUGGUUAUAGGCCGGUUGGUUAAGUUGGGUCUUGACGUGAAUGAGAUUUGUUUUUGUUUUCGAGAGCAUCCUGAUAUAUUGUCAAGUCGGCGUAUGAAAAAUUUGAUGUCGGUGAUUGCUUUUAUGUAUAAUAUUCGAAUGGAACAAGAAGAGACUACUCGUGUUUUGUAUAACUACAUGCACAUCCUUAGCAAACAUUCAAUAAAAGGUCAUACAACUAUGUCUAAAGAGUUAGGAGUUGGAAAAGGUGAUUUACGUGAAAUGAUACAGGAUGAUCCGUUAGAAUUUUUUAGUUUGGCUGUAAAACUGAAGCAGAAGAAGGAUAAAAAUGAGUUCUACUAUGACCUGCAUUUGGGGAAAACAAGUUUCUUGCGGAAACUGGGGUAUAAUGAUAACUCUGAGGAGAUGGAAAUAGCUAUGAAGAUGUUUGAAGGGAAAGGUGAUAAGUUACAAGAGAGAUUUGAUUGUCUGGUUGAAGCUGGUUUGGAAUAUGACACUGUAGUUGGAAUGGUAAAGCGAGUUCCUGGGAUUCUGAGCAUUAGGAAAACUGUAAUGCAAAAGAAGAUUGAUUUCUUAAAAAACACUUUAGGUUACCCGAUAGAGUUUCUCGCGAGAUAUUCAAGGUAUUUUUUCCAUAAUUUGGACAAAAUAUUUGCAAGAUUUGCAAUGUACAAGUGGUUGAAGAAGAGGAAUGUUAUAAAUCGCGAGUUAUACUUGAGUACCAUAAUUACACCUUCUGAGAAACAGUUUCUAGAACUCUUUGUGAAUACGCAUCCUGAAGGUCCAACAGCUUGGCAAACUAUAAACAGUUUAUCUAAAGAAUUUAAGAAUUAACCGCUCCUUACAAGUUUAGGUGAGAUCUAAAUACAUGCUUGGCUAAAUCUUGCACUUUGGUUAAAUUUUGGUUUUGUUUUAGGAUUAUUUCUCAUCUGCUUAAUGAGAAUCAAUCAAGCACUUAUUGUCACUUAGUUUUCUUACUCAAAAGAAAUAAUCUUAGUCUAUGUUGUCAAUAGCGCAUUAUAGCAUAGUAAUGUAGUGGUAGUAGGGUUAAGCGCGAAGCAAUGGGGUUGUGAGCCGCUGUCACCAACAGUGUUUAAUGAGACUCAAACUGCUAUCUAUUUGUUAUUAUGGUUUUGGAGCAAAAUUUCUCAAAUCCAUUUUUUCAGAACCCUUGUAUUUUUUUUGGAAUAAAUGUCAAUUCACACCCCAUUUAAGGGUACAAUUAUGUUCUUCAUUCUAUUAUAUUCAUACUCACAAACAAUUGUUAUGUUAUUCUUAUUUUUAGUUCAAUCCUGUUAUGUCUUUUUUUUCUCUUUAAAUUUAUUGCAUGUACUUUAGUUAUUUAAUUAUAAAAUAUGUCUGUUUCUUUCUUUUUGUGUAUUUUUAUAUAUUUAAGUAUUUAUGUUUUAACAUUUCCACCAAUUUUUAGUCUAUGCAAAUACAAUUUUCACCCU